AUGAAACCUGCUGGGCAGUUCACAGUGAGGCGCGUGUUGCGCUGGAUCAACAAAGAAGAUGAAGAGAGCGGAUGGGCAGAUACUGUGCUACCGGAGAUAAUACUUGAUCUCGGCGAAUCAACUGAGAGUAGAGUCUCAUUAUACACGCCGCGUAACUUGCGAGGGAAGUAUGCGGUACUGAGUUAUGCGCCGGAUGCCACGGUUGUUGAAAAGUUCGACGGGACUGCUGGAUACAUUGAUCCAGAUGGACUUCCUCGAGCCUUCCAAGAUGCGAUCAAAAUUACACGCAAACUACGACUGCGAUACUUGUGGAUCGACGUGCUGUGUUCCCAGUUUGACUCGUCAAAUUCGCAUCGAUCAAUGCCUGGCUACGCAUCCGUAUUCUCCAAUGCAUACAUCACGCUCUCCACUCUCAGCUCGUCCAGCGCAUCGGACAGCUUCCUCGCCCUACGCGAUAUACCCACUGACAACCUCUUCCAGUACACGCACAACAACCGUACCGGAACACUCUAUGCCUCCACUCUCCCCAAAGAACCAACCCUCUACCCCAGCAACUACAUGAUCAUGAGCAAAGAACCCCUUUCUCAACACUCCUGGGCCCUCCAAGACCGCCUCUUCUCCCCGCGCAUCCUCCACUUCGGCUCCACGCAACUCUACUUCGAAUCCAGCACACAUUUCCUCGGCGAAGAUGGAUUCAAAAUGCCCGGUCGAGACGACGCACUCACCGGAGAACCAGCGCGCGUAUGGCACAACACUCUCCAGCUGUAUUGUAAACGCAACCUCCCCAGAGCGGGCGAUAAACUCCCCGCUCUAUCCAACAUCGCGCGCCAUAUCGCCUCACAAAGCAACGACACAUACGUCGCGGGUCUUUGGCGCUCCAACCUCAUCGAGGGCUUGACAUGGCAAGCUACCGGCUACGCGAAAGGUCGGACGAGCGAGCCAUCCGCGUAUCGAGCGCCGAGUUGGUCGUGGGCAAGUAUUGAUGGUCCGUUUGGCACGUUUUCGGUCAAAGCCGAUGAUUUCAGUGAAGUGGCUGAAAUCCUGGACUGUCAUGUCACGUUGAAGACAGACGAUGUGUACGGCGAAGUCAGCGACGCGUGGAUUAAGAUGCGCGCUCCGCUCGAGCCGUUGUAUCCAACGGAAGAAGUGCCGAGGAAGCAGGUUUGGAGGAUGAAGACGAAGACUGGGGAUGAGGGCGGGGCGGUGUGUAUUUUUGAUACGUCGAGUCGGGCGGAGAGAGCGAGGGGGGUGCCGGUGUAUGUCGUUUUGCUGACGAAGGGGGGAAGUUGCUGCGGGCAGAGUUGUGUGGGGAGUGAGAGCCCGUAUUAUCAUGGGAUAAUUGUUGUGAAGGUGGAGGGGAAGGAGGGGGUGUAUGAGAGGGUGGGAAAGGUUAUGCCUGAUGAUGAGGUGCUGGGGGAGUGUGGAGAUGAGAGGGAUAUGGUCGAGAUUAUCCUGGUGUAG